AUGGGUAAUCUAACGGAAACUUUCAGUGAUAUUGUGGAAAAAAUUGAGAAAAAAAGAGAAUCUGAAAGAGAUGAAAUUGAUACACAAUCAAGAAUUGAAUUGAAAAAAUAUGACGAAAGAUUAAAAUUUUUAGAAUCUUAUGAACAAAAAAGAUCAAAUUCUAAACAAUUUUCAAUUUUUAAUAAAUCUCAAUCAUCAGCAAUUAAUAAACAUAGAGAAGGGAUAUUAUUAUCAUUAAGUUAUGAAUUAAGAGAUACUUCAAAAUUAUUAUUAGAUAUGCAAGAAACAAGAUUAUCAAGGAAACGUGAUGUUGAUCUAGGUAAUUUUGAUCCAAAAAUUUCUUCAAUAAAUGCUGAAUCUUUUAAUAUUGAUUUAAUACCUGAAAUUCCAAAUAAUGAAAAUGAAUUUAAUCAAUUAUCACAAGAACAAUUACAAACUUUACAACAAGAAAAUAGUGAAAUUCUUGAUGCAAAAUUAGAAGAUUUAGCAAAAGUUGAACAAAUUUCCAAAAGUGUUAUUGAAAUUGCUCAAUUAGAAUCUCAAUUAGGUGCACAUUUAACAAUUCAAUCUGAAAAUAUUCAAAAUUUAGUUAAUGAACAUGAUUUAACAGAAAUUGAUAUUGUCGAGGGUAAUAAAAUUUUGAAAAAAGCUAAAGGUAAAGGUAAUUAUGCUUCUAAAAUUGUAAUGUUUACUGCAAUUACUUUAGGUUCAAUUAUUUUAUUUUAUGAUUUUAUAGCAUGGUAG